UCUGGGGGCUCAUAAGUGCCUUUGCUAAGUUAUCACUUUCAAACGAAGAAAUCUUGUCUCAGUUGUUCCUGAAUUUUCGAGAAAAAAGUUGGAAGUAAUUUUAAUCGAGAAAGAUCCAUGGCGAGAACCGGCAAUAAGAAUAUACAAGCCAAGCUGGUACUUCUUGGGGACAUGGGAACUGGGAAAACAAGUUUGGUAUUGAGAUUUGUGACUGGAAAAUUUUUGGAGUACCAGGAAUCAACAAUCGGAGCAGCUUUCUUCACUCAGGUUCUGUCACUAAACGAAGCUACUAUCAAAUUCGAUAUAUGGGACACCGCCGGCCAGGAACGGUACCACAGCCUGGCUCCAAUGUACUACCGCGGUGCUGCUGCAGCUGUUGUGGUGUACGAUAUCACAAGCAUGGAUUCAUUCCUUCGGGCGAAAAAAUGGGUUCUAGAAGUGCAACGACAAGCAAAUCCAACCUUAAUAAUGUUCUUGGCUGGUAACAAGGCUGAUUUGGAAGAUAAGAGAAAAGUAGGGUCUGAGGAAGGUGAGCAAUAUGCCAAGGAAAAUGGUUUGGUUUUCCUUGAAACAUCUGCAAAAACUGCACAGAAUGUCAAUGAGCUCUUCUAUGAAAUAGCAAAAAAAUUGGCCAAAGCUAGCCCUUCUCGUCAAUCUGGGAUAAAACUGCAUAGCAGAUCACCUCAAAACAGCAGGAGAAUGUUCUGUUGCUCUUGAGUCUUGAUGAUUUCGGAUUGUGAACAAUUUCAAGGACAUGGUUCAACAAGAUGGAGAAACUAACUAAAACUAUGGCUGUAUCAGAAAUGAAUAUCCAUCUGCAAGCUCUGCCAACCUGCUACAAGAUAUGAAUUUCCUUUGUUUAUGUUGUACAAAUUAUAAGAAUUAUUUCAUUAUGUUAAUUGAUGUUAAAGAGUGAUUGUGGAACAUAAUUAUAAUGAGAAGCAAAAUUUCACACAUAAAA